AUGUACGCUUCACCUACCAUAGACAGCAUUGGCGGCGAAGUGGCCAUUCGGAAGCCAGAGUACGUUUCGCGUGGCAUCAGACAGCCAUCACAGAGUGUACAGAAGCUCAUUCAUAGCCUGGGCCUCGCUAAACACCAGGAAGGCGGGUAUUUCAAGGAGACAGACAGAUCGCCGUUCUAUAUGGAAAGCCCUUACUAUCCGGGACACAACAGGGGGACCGAAGGCGAGCCUCUGAGGCUGGGAAAAUCACAAGAGCCGGUUCUGCCUCAUCCAGAAGACGCGCAAAAGAAAAUUGCUCCUUACAGGAACACCUCAACCUUAAUUCAUUAUCUAUUGACUUGCGAUGCCUACAUGGGAAGACUCCAUAAAAACCAUUCUCGCAUAAUUCACAUUCUACAAAAAGGCCGCGGCCAGUACGUCCUAGUGUACCCUGACGGCACGGUGAAAUCGUUUAUUGUUGGUUUUGAUCUGGAAAAAGGAGAGGUGACUCAGUGGGUGGUCCCCGGGGAGGUGUACAAGGCUUCUUUUUUGCUGCCGUUGAGCGAGGAGCCAUCUGCCGACGACCAUUUGCUGAUCAGCGAGGUUGUGGUUCCGGGGUUUGAAUUUGACGAUCAUCGGUUUAUGCAAAGCUACAACGAGCUGGAGGCGCUGGUUGGCGAGCGUGCCGAGGAGCUGAAAUGGCUGCUGGAGGCCAACUGA